AUGGAGACUCGUAACCCUAGUAACUGGUCGAAUCUCCCCCUCGAUAUCAUCAUAUCUCUGUUUGAACGUUUGAGCUUUGUGGAUUUCCAUCGAGCUAAGAUGGAGAGCAGCUGGGAGAAAAUGUACUUCAGGGAGUCGAUUCCUGGCAAGCUGCGAGUCGCUCCUAUCAAACGACUCUGCUCUGAGCGUAUGGAAGAUAGAGAUAGGGAGUUUGAAUGGGAAUUAACUAGUGGCUCUGUUUACUCAUUAUACGCUGAUGAGAUUAGGGGACGUCUGUGGGUAGACGAGAAGACGCAAGAGUUGGCUUUAGUGUGGUUCUUUGACGCCCCUGUUUGUUUUUUAGGGUUUUACAAGAAAGGGAAUGCUCAUUACGAUCUCAUUCGGAUUACAUAUGGUAUCCCCAGGAUGUUAACUGGCCUAGUACGUCUGGUUCUUCGGGGUUACCGUCUAUACAUUUUAACGACGCGUAGUUUCAUUCGAGUCAUAGAUUUUUCUAGGCAGCAAGGUUUCGAAGAACUCACGAGGAGUGACACUUACCCAUCCCCAACGUUUGCUCCUCUUGGAUAUGAUUGUUAUUUUAGCAUCGCUGUUACUACAGCAGGAGAGGUUUUGUUGGUCACAACGAGCACAACCUCUGAAAGUAGCGAACGGGCCUUCCGCAUCUACAAGAUGGAUCCUAAUGCUGACCAGACGACCACAUGCCUGAUCUUCUUGACGUAG